AGGAAGUACAGCAGCACCGCAGCAGCGUUUGCUAGUUAGCGGGUGGCUACAACGUUGGCCCGGUUUUCUCAGUGAAUAGUAAACAAAUUGCUCCUGAAUGCAGCAUUAUUUGUGAGUUACCGGUUUUUCGGGGACACAGUUGGUCGAUAUCAGGACAAUGUCGGACAGAAAGCGAACAAGAGAGAGGGAGGACAGACGAGACCACAAGAGACACAAGUCAUCAAAACAGGAUUUGGAGAAACUCAAAACACAAACGAAAAAACUCAACCAAGAAGUACAGAAACUGAAACAUGUCGAGACAUUCUAUGAGAAACCUCCACCAGGACUCAUUAAGGAGAGUGAGGAAAAGCCAGAGGACUGUAUUCCUGCUGAACCAGGAAAUGAAGAAGCCAGGAGCUUCCUGGCACACGCCCCCACCAAGGGGCUGUGGAUGCCUCUGGGGAAGGAAGUGAAGGUGAUGCAGUGCUGGAGAUGCAAACGCUACGGUCACAGGACAGGAGACAGGGAGUGUCCUUUCUUCAUCAAAGGCAACCAGAAACUGGAGCAGUUCAGAGUGGCUCACGAAGACCCAAUGUAUGACAUAAUUCGGGAAAACAAACGGAAUGAAAAAGAAACCAGGAUCCAGCAGCUGCAGCAGCUGCUCCAGGACACCACCUCCUCCUCUUCCUCCUCUGAUACAGAGAGCUCCUCCUCUUCUUCCUCCUCCUCUGACCACCAUCGCAGCAGGAAACGGAAAAAGAGGAAGGCCAAAAAGAAGAAAGACAAGAAGAAGAGGAAGAGGAAGCGAAAGCACAAGUCCUCCAAAACCAGCGGCGGUUCAGAUUCAGAUUGAGUGUUUGGAACAUCCUGACGCAUCUGCUCACAAAUUACGUGCUUUACACGUAGGAUGAGACUGUGAAUGAAGUAGCAGCAAAGGUAGAUCUUACACAGUAGUGAAGUGUGUUCUGCAGAGUGCACCAGAGUGAGCUGCACUCUGGAGACCUCCCUAAGCCUUUUCUCUGCAGAGUGAAACUCUGAAACUGUAAAUCCACUGCGCAUGACUUCUCUGAGCCGUCUUUAUUUGCUCCAGGGUUGACGACUUGCAUUUACAUCCUCUCUGUUAGAUCAUACUGCACAGGGUCAUAUGGAAUAGCUGCUUAAGUUAAGCGUGUGUACACAUGCCUUGGUGCAUAUGUGUGUCAAAAAGUAUUAGCUGUGUGGGUAAUGAAUCAAAAGUGAUGAGUUGAGCCCGCUAGUGUAAGAGAUAAUGUUCUUUUAUGGGGUCUAAUAGCAUGUCAGCAAAUAGUGUGUGUCAUUAAGAGAUUGUAUUUUCCACCAUAGUAUUUUUUUUUUUUGUUUUUUUUUUUUUGGUCCCUGCCAUCUCAUAGGAACUGAAUACUUUGAUUGUAGAGUGUGUUAAAUGCAGGGAGGUGGAAAAAAACCAUCUAAAUUAAACAUUAGAGUACAGUUAAAAAUUGUUUUCCACACAAGGCCAGAAUCUUUAACUGCCUGUGACUGUACAUAAAUAUUUGGAAUGAUUUGAGGUUGGAAAAUGCUUAUUUGCUUUUUUUUUUUUUUUUUUUCUCAGAAAGCCACAGAGAUUGGGGAAAGAAUGUAUGUGAAUGUGUCCCUUUAUUCUCAGAAUAAAGAUGGCUCUUUUUCUCCAGUGUU